GGUUAACGUACAUCCAGAGUUGGGCCUCUUACACACACACACACACAUGCAGAAAGUAUCACACCAAAUCCAGCACCACCACCACCAGCGAUGCCCUAAUGAGCCAACCACACACACACACACAAAGCUCGGGUCAAAUCGUGUGGUUCUUUUCCACUCCAGCGCACCUGGCUUUGCUGCUGCUGCUGCUGCUGCUGCAUGAGCCUGGCUGGCAUUAUGCGCCAGCACGGCUUUGCCCUCGGCUAUUAGCUCGGCCGCCUGCUUUAGACAACUCAUUCCCUGCACACACACACCCACACACACGUGUGACGUCUGUCCGUGUGUGUGGGUGCUGCCGCCUGUGGCUGCGACGACAGCCGCGUUGUUGCACACCACCCAGUUGCCGGAGUCCAGACGGAUGGCUGCAGGUAUGUCACACACACAUACACAGAGAGUGGCAGAGUGAUUGCCUUCUCCUCUCCCGGGUUGUUUUGUUGCCCCACCGUGCAGGAUGGCAUCCAGCGCCUUGUCGAGGCUGCCCGUCUUGUAGUGGGCGUACGCUGACCGACCAACACAUCCCACAUCGAUGGAUGGAUGGAUGUGAGCGUCACGUCAGUCGCCGACCGAGUGCGGUUUGUGCGUAUGUAGCUUCAGACAUGAGGGAGAGGCCCUCGCUGAUCACAGGGGAGUGCCCUCAGCAUAACGUUCCAGCACUAAAAGAGAGAGAGAGAAAGAGAGAGAGGGAGAGGAGGAUGGGUGUGGACGUAUCCCUGUCUGUCUGUCUGUCUGUGCGUACGUAUGCAAUUAAGGGCCAUCGCCGUCGCUGGUGAAGGCUUUGUGGGGUGCAUUUCCUUGUGGAUCGUCUUGUUGAGCAACGUCUCUCCGUCCGAUGAGGUCAAGCACCUGCUGUCCACACUGGGAGAAGAGCAGGAGACACCGACAUACACCGUGAACGAGUGGAACUUCGCGGACCUUCUGAUCUGCCGACUUGCGCUUGGCCUCGCUCUUUGCCUUCGAUUUGGGCCGCUUGGCUGCCAGCGAGGAACCGGCUUCAUGAUUUGAUCUGGCGGAGGAAUACCUCCACACGGUGGAUU